AUGGAGUUUGAGUCCGAAGACCAGCGGAAAGAGCCAGACGUGAUACUUGAGAAGAUGGAAAAAUACUGCAUUGGGGAAUGCAAUGAAACCUACGAAAGAUAUGUCUUCAACCGAAGGGAUCAGGAGUCUAAUGAGUCUGUGGAUGCCUAUGUUACUGCUCUACGUAAAUUAGCCAAGACCUGCAAUUAUGGGACACUAGCCGACUCACUAAUCCGUGAUAGAAUAGUGGUUGGCAUUAAUGACAAUUCAGCUCGAAAGAAACUACUACAAGCAGGCAAACUCACCUUGAGUCAAUGUAUUGACAUUUGUAGAUCUUCAGAGACCUCCGCACGGCAACUGAAGACUAUGAAUCAGGAGGAUGUCCGUCUCGUAAAGGAGGAAAAAGUCAACCCGGCAGGCAAAAAAAGGGCGGGAGUAUCGGACAACAGGCCCCGCACUGAAUCACGAGAGUCCAGAAUGACAUGCAAAUUUUGCGCUAGGCAGCAUCCCUUCGCCAAGAAGAACUGUCCAGCUUGGGAAACACUUGCAAGAAGUGCGGCCUCCCAAACCAUUUUGCAGUCUGUUGCAGAGAAUCAAAGAAAAGGUGCUUUUUAUGGAUUUUGACUCCGAUGAUGACGAAUAUGUCGCAGAGAUUGAUGUGAAAGAGCAAGUCAAUGCACUAGCCCCCCGCAAUCACGCGAGCAAAAUUUUUGCCACCCUUCUUGUCAACGGUGGGAGGAGAAGUUCCAGCUUGACAGCGGCUCAACUGUAAAUCUCAUGUCAGAUAAAACAGUGGAGAGACUCUGUGGUACGGGCUGUCUAAAAGACUUGGACAAAACAUCUGUGACUCUGGUAAUGUACAACCAGUCUGAGGUUAAACCGCUGGGCAAGAAACGCUUCCGGGUGACAAACCCAAAGAACAAUAAGAAGUACAGUAUUGAAUUUCACAUUGUUGGUGGAGUAAGUCCAUGCAAGUCUAUCCUGGGUCUAAGGGCCAGCAAACACCUUCAAUUGCUAACAAUCAAUGAACACAACAUCCUUGCUGUGGAUUCAAACGGUGAAGACCCUGUCAAUCUCAAGAAAGAAGACUACAUUUCGCUGUACAAAGAUGUGUUCUCUGGGAAGGCAAACUUGCAGGCCAACUACACCUGA